GUUUCAGAGACAGUUUGGGAUAGAUGGAUGCCAUUCUGCAGAACGCCGGUCUCUGAUGGUGCUAGUGAACAGUGAGGUGUAAUUUCAUGGAUGAAGUCAAGGCAUUCACAAGAGGUGCCAGGGAACAGUGAGGACAUUUUUGAGCCGCCGUCAGACACUUCUGAGCAGAGCAGUUGGCAACUGUUCCUGACUAUUAUAUACCGGUGUUAAGAUUCAUUCAAGGGCAAUGACUUUGAAGGAGAAUCAGCUGACCGUCCCGCUGCUGACCUCCAUCGUGGCGGCGGUGCUCGGCUCGCUCCAGAUAGGAUACCACACAGGCAACAUCAACGCCCCUGCCCGAGUCAUUGAGGAGUUUUUCAACAUGACAUGGAGAUCCAGACACAAUCAGUCAAUACCAGACCACAGCCUCACUUUCCUGUGGUCCCUCUCUGUUAGUAUUAAGGACUUUGGAGCAUUGCUUGGAUCACUGGGGGUCAAAGGUCUUGCUGACACCUUCGGGAGGCGUAAUGCUAUUCUGAUAGUGAAUGUCUUAUCAGUGGUUGGUGCCUCUCUGAUGUUCAUGAGCAAAAUCACAGCAUCAUUUGAAGUACUUAUUGUGGGUCGGCUGAUCUUUGGCUUGUUCUGUGGCCUGGUGAUGAGCCUGAACCCUCUGUACAUCCAAGGCGUCUCGCCUACAAACCUCCGCGGUGCCUUUGCAACUCUGAACCAGGUGUCAUUCGCCUCAGGCAUUCUGCUGGGCAUGGUGGUGGGGUUGGAAACGGUAUUGGGCACAGAGAAAUACUGGUCCCUGAUGUUGUCUCUGUCCCUAAUCCCUGCAACACUCCAGUAUAUGAGCCUUCCUUUUUGCCCUGAAAGCCCACGCUACCUCUUCAUAAACAGGGGAAAAGAAAAAGAAGCAGAGGCGGCCCUGAAAAGACUUCGGGGAAAUCCAGAGAUGGUGACAAAAGAGAUGGAGGAGAUGAGAGAGGAAGCAGCCCACAGUGAAACAGGAGUGACUGUGAGAGAAUUCCUCAGGAAGCGACGCUACCGGCAGCCGAUAAUACUUGUGCUUAUCAUAAACUUGGGAAGCCAGUUAUCUGGAUUCAAUGCGAUCAUAAAUUAUUCAACAAAAAUGUUUGCCCAAUCCAAUUUUGAUGAAGCCAAAUAUCUGACACUAGGGGUGGGGGCCGUUAAUGUGGCAUUCACCAUAGUAGCAUUCUUUUUGGUGGAGAGAGCAGGACGCAGGAAACUGUUGCUUGCUGGAUUUCUGUCACUAGCUCUCUGCAACCUACUUAUGACCAUCACAUAUUCCAUUAUGGACAUAGUUCCAGACAUUCGCAAUAUGCAGGUACUGGUGAUUUUCGUCCUGAUCUCAGCUUAUGAAGUGGGGCCUGGGCCAAUUUCUUGGUUCAUUGCCGCUGAGCUUUUUGACCAGUCAGCCCGUCCCAUUGCUAUGGCCUUCACUAGCAUGCUUAACUGGGGAGGGAAGUUUUUACUAGCAAUGCUCUUUCCACCUCUUCUGAACAUGUGUGGGGCCUAUGUCUACCUCCUCUUCAUGUGUAUGGCCUUGAUUGCCUUUACCUACACCAUGUUUCGUCUUCCUGAGACCAAGGGACGCACUUUUGAUGACAUUGUGGCUGAGUUCCGUGGGGCUGAGGGCAUUCCACUACAUAACAAGACCACAUUUAACACAUUUCCCUGAUCUCGCUCGGCUUUUGGGUUAACAAGACCAACAGUGAUCAACUCAAAUGCAACUGGUGUGUUUACAAAACCAAUGAAGAGUAUUAAGGACCCUGCAUAGAAUAACUCAUACAAAUGUUAACCUUUAACAUUUAUUUUGAAAAAGCACAACCUUGUUGAGUCUUCGCAACUUUGCAAGUUUUUAUCACACUGUGAAAGCUCACAACUCUCUGGUUUGUAGACUCUUGCCAGAUAUCUAUGAUAGAAGCUGCAAGCCAAGUUUAAGGUAACAUACUACCAAACAACUUGACUGACUACAUUGAGAGGUAUAUUAACAGUGAAACUACAGUACUUUGGAGUCAUUUGUAAGUAAAACCAUGCAAUCUGUGUUCACUGUAUAAACAUUGCCUGAGACAUUUGCAGUAUGCUUAAUUUUUCUUUAAUUCAUUUCUCAUUUAAAUGGUGAUAGAACGUGAAUAUGAUUGUAAACAUAAAAUAAAAGUAGUAGCAUUACAGCAUUUUGUUUCACUUCAGCAAGUAGUGCGA